GUCUCAGCACUGCCAAUGGCAACACCUACUACCUCCAGACAACAAGUGUCUCAGAGAUGGAUGAUUGGAUUGCCAACAUUCACUGUGCUGCUGCCUUGGCUAUGACAAACCACUCCAGCAAGGAUGAAGCAAUGCAGAUAAUAAAAGGUGAAGUGGAAGAUCACACUAAAGCCAUUGAGAAGGAGACUCAGCUAAAGAACCUGACAGAACUAAAUGUGGCACCUGUCACUGACUACAAUACAAGAUCAAUGGCAUCAAAACAAUUGGUGACUUGUCUAGAGAACAUUGAGAAAUACAACGUGGACAUAUACAGAUCGCGAUGCUACCUGGCCUCCCUGCCAAGCUCAGAAUGCACAACACCGACACUCCUGGCGUUCCAUGCCAGGACCAACCAAACUGGCUCUGGGAAACUGGGCGUGUUCUCAGUGGCCUCACUCCAUGCCAUCGUCAGUGCUCGUAGUAUUCCGUCGUCCACCUCAAACUAUGGCUCCUUCAAGUUCAGUAGAAGUGGCAAGUCACCCCUCUCCCCAACUAGUGGUAAAUGGAAAAGUCACAAGACCAAGAUGUUCCAGAGGAUGGCGACAGAUAAGAGGUCUUCACUGAGGAGUAUGGAGAUAUCAGGACCUUAUCCCAUGCUACCACCCUCAGCACUCCACUCUCUCGCUCAGUCCUACUCUGAAAUGGAGGAGACAACUGAUACAGAUGCCCCGCCUUCUUUUUCUCCUGAACCAAUCUCCCCACUGUCCCCGGUGAUAAAGGUCGUCACCCCUGGCAACAGAGUUGUCUCGGUCCCUCACCGUGACAACACCACAAUCACUGUCAUCCUCCAUGCCUGCUGCAGGCAGGAGUACACUCAUCUGGAGAUGUGUCAGAAGUGGACUCACACAGUCUUUCUCUCUCAGCCUGACAUUCAAAACUGCACCACCACUGCCUUUGGUCUGAUGCUGGAACCGGUAUGGGACGUGGGUGGGAACAGACUGGAGACGGUACUGGUGAGCCGAGUGGAGGAAGGGGGUGUGGCAGAUCGGUGUGGGGUGUGGGAGGGUGACGAGGUGACGAGGGUGAACGGGAGGAGUGUGAGGAAGGCCGGAUGGGUUGGCACCCGGAGCUCACUGGACGCUCCCACAGUUUCCCUAUCACUCAAGACCUGCCACAUCGAGAUGCCCGUCUCGGAACUGACCAAUCAGAUUGUGGAGAGCCUCAUAUGCCCUGCCCCUCCCUCGUCCAACACUGAGCUCUCACAGGAGGCCAUUCAACAGCUCACUGUACCAACUCCAGCCAGAGAUGACACGAGAACUCCAAUAAAAGCUACACAGCGGAAGUGUCUCACGAGAGCCAGAUCAACUCCCUUCCAAGGCAAGCUCAGUUGGGUAAUACCCACCUACAGUGAGGUCAGGACUCAAUUUGCUGCAUGUGUCGUGAGUGAACAGGAUCUGCGCCCUGCAAUCAGAGCCAAUUCUCUCUCCCCAUAUGACCUGGCAGCUCUGGAGGGAAACACUGUGAAGGAAGCUAUGAAGCUGGAGAUUGCUCCGUCUGAUGCCGCACAGGGAGAAAGUUCCUUGAAGAACAUGGUGUCUGCGAUAGCUGGGACCUUCCUGAUGUACAUGGAGAGCUUCAGAGUGUACAGCACCUUCUGUGCCAGCCACUCCAAAAUCAAACACCUCCUCCAGUCAGGUGAGAAUGGUGCUGAGUUGAAGGAGUUUCUGGAGGCCAGGAAUCCCCACCAUCACCACUCCCUCUCCCUACCUGCCCUCUUUGCCAAGCCAAUCGUGAGAUUGUCCCGCUAUCCUCUCUUCCUGAAUGCCAUGAUUGAUAAUUCCCCACCAGACAGUGAAGAAAGGGCCCACCUAUCAGAUGUGGUGGAGGGGAUGGCGUGUGUGGCUAACUAUAUCAAUGAGAUGCAGAGAGUCAGUGAGACCUACAGCUCUCUGUUUCACACCAUUCUCUCUGAGAACUCCCACACUGCUCCCUCAGGACUGAGUCUGUCGGUGGCCCAGUUGCUGUACCACGGAGACGUGAUGUGGCUGAACCCAAACGAAGACCUGAGGGCUGCUAGAACCAGCUGGAAGAAAGGACAUGGACCUCUUGCAACCUGCUUUGUGUUUGCCUCUGCCGUUGUCCUGGUGUGUGUGGAGAAGAAACCAAAGAGAAAGAGCAGCAGCAAGAGUUUUGAGGUGGAGGUUGGAGUUGAGGACACAAAGUUCAAGAUUCUCUUACCUUCUGUCAACUGCUCUGUCCAUGACCUACCAGACUCUGAUGGAGUGACUGACAUGUGGCAGUUGAAGUACAGACUGUCUCCUCUGUCCAGCUCAUCUCCCUCCCUCAUAUCUCCCCUUCACACACCUUCUCACCACUACCUCUCCUACCUCUUACGGAGCCAGUCUAUGGAGCAGAAGGCAGCAAUGGUUCAUCUCAUACGUCAGUCAAUUGGAGAGCUUCGAGACACAGCGACAACAAGUGGCAGCAGCUCUCCACUUCCCCUCCACACCUCCUCCCCACUGGCACAC